AUGAGUGCGUUCCAUCCCGCGGAGGAGCCCAAGAAGCGCAAGAAAAAGAAGCUCAAGAAAUUUACUAAUCCGGAGGAAACCCCUUCCUCGAAACCGGAUCGGAAAGCUCCUUCGAAAAUCGUCAAAACACUCGGAGUACCGAAGCGAUCCAAGGCCAAAAAUGCGGAGACAUCAUCAUCAGCUGCUGUUGAUUCGCGUCCGAAAGAACCAGAAGAACCGGAAUCCGUGUCAAGCAAAACCGUCAUGGAUACCCCCAAACCCGAUCAGCCGCAUCUACAGUCGCCCAUCAGGCGUAGGAGCCGCAUGAGGAGAAACGCAUCGUCCACCACGUCAACCUCCGACGAAGAAUACAAGUCCAUGGUGAAAUCCGGUCUCAUCGUCAAACCCAAGAAGCAAUCUCUCGUCGAGCCCCAAGACUUCAAGCCGAAAACCGAGGCCGAACUGCUCGACUACUUCCUCGCUAAACACAGUGUUACUGAUUUUAUUCCAGGAGCCAGGAAGACUUCGCAACCGAAGCUCCAGCAAACUUCCGAAGCCCCGCUCACGAAACGACAAGUUUUCCGUCAACAUUUCGGCUCCCAACCUAAUAAGGGUCAAGACCUGAAACCCAGUGACUUUUUUCCAUUGAACCUCAAUCUUGAAGAUCUGCGAGUGUCCGAAAAGAAACUUCGAAAGAAGAAUAAGAAGAAGCGAAAAAAGAAGUUGAAGCUCAAGAAAACGACCCAGAAUGACCCGAAACCUUCCGGUCGUAAGAAAAAAUCCUCCGAAAAUCCCAAGUCGAAGACGCGCAAGAAGAAACUCGGGAAGCUCGUUAGAAAAAUCAAGGAAACUGAAGAAAUAGUGGAUCUACUGCAUGACGUGACUGCCAUAUGUACAGAGACGAAAAACCCCAAAACACCCAAGAAAAGCAAGAAGAAUAAGAAGAGACUGAAGAACAAGAAGAAGCCACCUGUUCCCAGUGCUCUCUUGAAACUGAUGGAAUCUGUUCCGGAAUUCGAUCCACAUGCGACCGAGGUUUUCGACGAGAGUCCCGCGAUUGAAAUUGCUUCUUUGACCGAACAACCAGAGACGAAAAAGUUACCAUCCAGAAAUACCAAGACCAAAAAGCCCGUGAUGGUUCCUCGUGGUAUCAAAGUCUACAGAACAAAGCAGAAAAGGGUUCCAUUAUUGUCGCAGAAGCCGGCUAGUCGACCUCUGAAGGAAAGUUUCAGCAAGAUUUGGGUCGAGUUGUCGGGACCUGAUCCGAGGAUGGUGGACUUUACCGAGGACCUGAAUGCUAGGAUUAUGAAAACUCUUCCCGGGUGCAAUCUCAGUUUGAACCAUUUCUUCCCUCCUCAAGAACUUCAAUACGGCACUUAUUCUUCAGUCAUUGUCUCUGGAAAUGAUGUGCUUGCAGCGGAAGAUAGAGUUAUUCCCGGCUGUCACGUUUUUCCGCUUGAGGUGCCCGGAACGAGACCACGACCGCAAAAGCAGAGUCAAUUGCAAGUCAGCAAUGCUCCUGCUCAGCAUGUGCCGACGCCGGAUGCUGCCAUGGCUUUGUCUUGGGCGAAUGCGGAGAAGAAGCGACUCAAACUCAAAGGAAGGAAACGUCGCUCAACUUCGCCUGAGAAGGAAUUCAAAGAAGCUACCACUGAAGCUGAAACUCAGUUGAAAACGUUGGAAGUGACAACUAGUAUACAGGAAGUGCCUGAGACCCCACCAAAACCAGUUCCCUCUAAAACGGAACCUGCGCCAGCUGGAAAGCAUGUUACUUUUCAAGGAAGCUUUGACAUAGACGAAUGUCUACUUCAGCAAACGCAGAGCCAGAUACCACAGAAGGCGUCUCCCACGGAUGAGGAUUUCGACUAUGAUACGUUGAGGAGCUUGCAAGCCCAGCUGAAAGAGGGAAUCAGGAUCAUCCUCACGAAGGGAGCAGUGGCAGACAUUCACGUGCAGCUGGAAGCAUUACGGAAAGAGCUGGCGAGGAAGAAAGGCGGCGAUCCACCAGAUUCCCUGGGAUUGCCGAGGGUUUACGAUAAGUCCUUGGUGCGUUACGAACUGCCGAUGGACAUCAAACUUUUGGAAGGCAUAACGCCCUUGAUGUAUUUGGAAACGUACUCGUUCGUUGGUGAAAGUCUGAAAAAUCUGCACGCGAAAGUCUACAAGCGUCACCGAGAUCUUCAGCCAACCGGGAAAUUUUCCUUCAGGGCUCUGACAGUUGCCAUGCAAGAAAUUGUGAGCCAAGACUGGUCGCCAGAUGACUCGGAAGCUGUGUGCCGAAUGCUGGGUGUUACCUUGCCAAAGCCAGGGCAGAAAUCGGAUCUUUUGACGUUGGCGAAUAUCCCGGGAAGUGGAGGUGCGACACCCGCUGGAACAGCUUCGGAAAUUUCAAAGCUUUCCUCGCCAUCGCAGCAAUCGGGACUGAAGGAGCCGAGUAAAACAGCGAGUAGUCGUCAGUCUUCGUCAUCGUCCAUCGGUCAUCAAUCUCAACCAUCUCCUCCGGCGUCACCCGGACCAGACUCGGGCCCUUCCAAGCUGAUCGACCUUCUCAACAUUGGGAAGAAGCGGGAUUGGAGGACCAAGCUGGGAGUUGGAGCUGUACCCGACAUUGCUGCGUUCAAGGCUUCCAAAUUGCCAGUUGAAACGCCGCAAGUUUCUAAUACGCUAGACUUGCAUCAAUUCCAAGUUGUGGCUGCUUUUGGAAAGAUUGAGUAG